AUGUCGCGCGGCGGCGGCGGUGCCGGCAAGACGGCGACCGCCAAGCGCGUGCCGCCCCCCGCGGUGCCGGGCGACGCGUUCGCCACGCCGCAGCACCGCCACUCGGGCUCCAGCUUCGGCUCCCAGGGCUACGCCUCCUGCGAGGAGCAGCCCUACCCGCAGCCGCCGGACACGCCGUCGCACACGCGAGAUGACCACUCGGACUACGGCAGCACGGUGUCCGGCGUGUCCGGUGCCAGCGGAAGCCUGGGCAAGAGCCCGGCCGGAGGUGGCACCUUCACCUUUCCACCGCCAUCGCAGCCGCUCACGCACAAAGCAGCGGUGUACUACCAUCACCAGCUGGCGCUCAGCGAUGAUCAGGGCAUCGAUAUGACACAGAGUCCGGGCCGAGACAGCCCUGGCUCGUCGUCCGGCUCGGCUGGCUCGGGCUCCCGCCACUCGUCUGCCUCGCUGGACAGCGGCAGGGCUUCGGGGCGUCUGCCCCACCACCACCACGCGGCGUGCCACUGCGGCGACACUGACAGAGUUCGCGCUAUGAUCUCGCAGGGGCUACCGGACGCGGACAUACUCCACGCGUGGCUGGCGGACAUACAGAUGGAGGAGUACGCGCGGCUGUUCAUAGAGGCCGGCUACGACCUGCCGACGGUCACCAGGAUGACCCCCGAAGACCUCACCGCCGUCGGCAUAAAGAAGCCCAACCACCGGAAGCGGCUCAAGGCCGAGCUGGCGAACCUCAACGUGCCAGACAACCUGCCCGACUACAUACCGGGUUCGCUGGAGGAGUGGCUUCGGCUUCUCCGUCUCGAGGAGUAUGGGCCGGCGCUGGUGGCGCAGGGGUACCGCACCGUCCAUGACGUCACGCAGCUCGCUUGGGAGGACUUAGAAGACAUGGGAAUAGUCCGACUCGGCCAUCAGAAGAAAAUCCUAUUGGCCAUCAAGCGAGUGAAAGAUAUCAGAGCGGGGAAGAGGAGCAUCAGCAGCCAAGGUUCACUCGACUUCACGAGGAACCAGCCCGGCCAGGAUUUAUAUCCGAGGGAGCUACAUUACCAGCCCUGGGAGGGGCACACGAGGAGUUACCAUAAACCCCCAGACCUAAACUUUGACGCCCUAUCAACGCCCCUAUGUGGCACAGACUUGGUUCCUAUCCAGAUCCGGCACCCGCGCGGCAAAUCGCUCGAGAGCCUCGAGGACCCCUCCGAGCGCACGUCGCACAGCACGUUCUCGCCCGAGGCGUGCUACGGCCAGUGGAGGCGCUCGUACGACGACGGGGACAUAACGCCGACGAACGAGGCGUACGAGGGGGGGGGCACGCUGCCGCGGCCGCGCGGGCUGGUGCGGCCCCGCCCCGUGGCCAAGAUCCAGGCGACGCCCGCGUACAGGGAGUACGCGUACGACGAGGUCGCGUACUCCGCCCGGCUGCAGCGCGUCGCGUACGGCGCCAGCCCCCACGUGGCCCGCAAGCCCCCCCCGGAGCCCCCCAAGCGGCAGAGCUCGCAGUACGCGCCGUUCCGCUUCGGCCAGACGACGGCCGAGGUGCACCCCGAGAGGAGCCUCCCGCUCAGCCUGCCGGCGUACCCCAGCUCGGACUCGCUGAGCGUGUCGCUGGACAGCACGGGGCUGCUGCCGCCGCCGCCGGCGCCCCCCUCGCCGCCGAGGCGCUACGACGACGACAAGCUGCGCACCGGGUCGGACGCGAGCUUCAAGUCGAGCUCGAGCACGGAGUCGGACAGCAUACCGUUCGCGAACGAGAACGCGGGCACGAUCAAGCAGAACCGCGGCCAGCCGGUGGGGGCGCGGCCGCACGCAGAGUACGGGCGGGCGGGGCUGCCCUUGGGGCUGCCGCCGCGCCCUGAGCGCGCUGAGCGAGCCGAGCGCGCCGAGCCGAAGGGCGCCGAGCCGGCCGACGUGCUCAGCGACAUCGGCAACAUGCUCGCCAACCUCACCGACGAGCUCGACGCGAUGCUCGAGGAGGAGAAGCGCCAGGGCCUGGCCGACUCC